CAGUUUAGCCAUACGAUGAUUACUACUACUAUAACCACUGCUGACAUGUCAAGUCGAUGUCGCUUCUGGCCAAACGUCGAUCUCGGAAUCCAGUUGAAGAUAAGUGAUCACUUCUCUGAGAGGCUGGAGUGAUUUAAAUUGCUGUUAAAAUGGAUCUCACUGCAUUCUCUCAAGAGAGCUUUGACCCAAAGGACUGGAUCAAUAAUGUUUUUCGCAGCCAGGAAGCUCAGCAGAAUAGAGAUCAAUAUGCUUCUUCUCUCGUGAUGAGGCUCCAGCUUGCCAUUCAAGAAGUAAAUAAUGCCUUAGAAGAGACUAGUCAACAGGUGGUUGGAAGUUUGCCGCGUGUGCUCAGGGAUAUUGAAUCACUGGGACAUGAAGUUGCUGUUCUUAAAAACCAGAUGAACAGUGUGCGUCAGGAUAUAGAGAAGGUGGAACAAAAUACAGCAGCCAGUAUGCAGACAUUGGUUAAGCUUGACACUGUUAAAGGGCGUAUUGUAGCCUCAUCACAGGCACUAAGAGAAGCUGAUAAUUGGAGCACUCUCACUACUGAUAUUGAAGAGGUAAUGGACAGUGGGGAUAUAGAUGCCAUUGCUGGUAAAUUGGUGGCUCUUCAGAAUUGCCUCGGGAUAUUAACACAUGCCCCAGAUUAUGAAGAACGUGUGGCCCACUUGGAAAGCUUGAAAGUUCGACUAGAAGCUCAGGCUAGUCCACAUAUUGUUGCAGCUUUUCAACAACAUAAUCUAGAUGAGUCUAUGAAAUAUGCCAGGAUGCUCAAGUCACUGGGUCGAGUAAGUGAGCUGGAAAGCUAUUAUCACAAAUGUGAAAUAGGGCAGUUAGGCAUCAUAUGGCGUGGAGGCUUUGAAGGUUCCCAGUUAAGUGGGCCUCCAGCUUGGCUGGAGUCAUUUUACGAUAAGCUUGGAGCUCUUAUAUCUCAACAGCUGAGGUGGUGUGGCCAAGUCUUUGAAGGAUCAGAUCCAAAUUUCCUUCUGAGUCAGUUAGCAGCAUCAACUUUAAGUACACUGGAUCCUCCAAUCAUGCAAGUCAUUGCUGCCUCUGCAAAACAGCAAGAAGAACCACUGGCUUUUCUCAUAAAAGUGAAAGUAGCUGGUGAUAAUUUUCUUAGAGACUUUGAGUCCACUGUUGGUACGGCAAAGGCAGGUCAAGUUGAAUUUAGUCAGUCGCAACGAAUAGUUACACAAGCUGUGUACUCUCCUCUCCAAGAACAAGUAGCUAAGUAUCAAGAAUAUGAAGAAGCUCUCUUGCUUUCUCAUCUUAUAUCAGCUGAUAUUGUGAAGCAUGAUUUGGCUGAAACUCUUCAUGGGCUGAGAGAGUACUGUAGUAAACUAAGUAACCAGGCUGAUGCUGCAGCAGGAAGAUGCUUACAGUUAACUAAUGGUUGGAGUUUCCCUGAUCUAACUGGAGCAUUAGUGAUCUACUUGGAACAGUUCACAAGCAGAUUAGCUCAGACAGCCAGAUACGUUGAAAAACAGAAAGCAUCAAUUACUGAUGACUGGACAGUAUUCACAACGUGUCUGAACCUUAUACAAGCUGCAGGUGAAUUAGUGAUGGCAGUAGACAGCAUAGAGCAUUCAUUAGCAACAAUAUUUACAAAUGCAGCCUCAAAAUUUGUCUGGGAAGCAGCAACGCCAUUUUCAGUGACACCGGACUUACUUCUCUCCAGAGAGCGAGUCCAGGUUUUGAAAAAACUUGUGACAAAGGUUGUAGAUGAAGAUGGGCGCCUUCUUGAGAGCAGUUUAACUCAAGCACAAGAGCAGUGUCAGUGUAGUGUAGAAGCAGCACUUCAUACAAUCAUGAAUCCUGUGUCGACCCAGUUAGCCGCUGUUCCAGACCUCCCUGCCUGGAAUUCACGUCAGGGAGCGACUGCUCAUCUGUCAUUCUCAUUUUCUCCUCAAGAAUACAUCACUCAGAUUGGGCAGUAUUUGAUGACACUUCCUCAGCACUUGGAGCCUCUCUUAGUCAAUCACAGUCCAGCUCUCAACCGAGCUUUACAGGAAGCUAAUACGUCCUCUGCUUCAAGCCCUGGGGGUCGUGUAGUUAGCGAGAGUGAAGUCAGUGCAGCAGAUUUCCUCAUAAAUAGCGUAGGGCAGAACACCUGUAAGCUUUACACUGAUGCCAUCUUGAAGAUCCCAGAAAUAUCUUCCUCAAUGAUCACACAGUUGACAACUGAUAUUGACUACAUUUGUAAUAUCUUGGAAGACUUGGGCGUAACCACAUGCGAUCCCCUUGACAAACUUAACGCUCUCCUCAAGGCUCCAGUGGACCAGUAUUGGAAAAUUGCACCAGGAAAUAACCCAAGAUUGAUUGCAGCUGUAAGACAGAUGAGGAAUAUUCCUGUACAGUCAUAGUCUGAAUAAAGAAUUCACACUA